UUUUUAUUUUUUUACGAAAACAUCCUUGAAAAAGUGUGCUGGCUUUGUAUGAAUGGCGUCCUCCAUGUAAUGAUCAUCUUCAUCUGGGAAAACGAGUGCUGUCGUGUUGCUGACUGAUUUGAUAUCUUUCCUUGGGUUUUUUUCGUGUUUAUUUCGGAUUUUUCGAAUUCGUCAAGAAAAGUGUGCUGAACCUUGCUGCUGAACCAUGUCACAAUCAGGGAUCAUUGGAGCGGGAAUCCUGGCCGUUGGGUUGGGACUCCUCAUCAAUCUGUCUAUCCACAAGAUAGAUGAGGGUCAUGUUGGUGUGUAUUACAGGGGUGGAGCUUUGCUUUCGACAGUCAGCGAUCCAGGCUUCCAUUUUAUGAUGCCAUUUCUGACAUCCUAUCGCACUGUACAGACAACUCUGCAAACAGAUCAAGUAAAGAAUGUUCCCUGUGGAACCAGUGGAGGUGUGAUGAUCUACUUUGACCGUAUAGAGGUGGUCAACAAACUGGACAUUAACGCUGUAUAUGACAUCGUGAGGAACUACACUGCUGAUUACGAUAAAACACUCAUCUAUAACAAGGUUCACCACGAACUCAAUCAGUUCUGUAGCAUGAACAACCUCCAGGAAGUCUACAUUGAUUUGUUCGACCAGAUAGAUGAGAACCUCCGGGUGGCCCUACAGAAGGAUCUCAUAACUAUGGCCCCUGGACUGACUGUCCAGGCUGUCAGAGUGACUAAACCAAAGAUCCCAGAACAGAUCCGUAAAAAUUAUGAAGCAAUGGAGGCAGAGAAGACCAAACUGCUGAUCUCCAUACAGAAGCAAAAAGUGGUGGAGAAGGAGGCAGAGACAGAGAGGAAAAAGGCCAUCAUCGAGGCUGAGAAACUGGCAGAAGUUUCCAGGAUUCAGUGGGAACAGAAAGUAACUGAAAAAGAGUCUCAAAAAAGGAUAUCUCAAAUUGAAGAUUUAACACAUUUGGCAAAAGAAAAGGCAAAGAGUGAUGCCCAGUUUUACGCUGCUGAAAAAGAAGCUCAAUCCAAUAAGGUAAAGGAAUCCGUUAUAAUUUACAGAUCGGUGAACCACAAACAACACUAUACAGGGUUCUAUUGA